GUCCGUUCCUCUACCGCACAACGCGGACGGUCAAAUACAUGAUCGAGGUGAAGGUAAGUUGGCUCCUUGAGCGGCGCGAUGAGGGUGACGAGAAAUUCAGUUUUGCUAUGACCGUUGGCUGGUAGACAGGCCCGACCGGCUCGCGAGAUAGUCUCGAGAAACUCUUAAUAGCCGCGGCUAUUGCAAACGGAAAUUUCUUCUUCGACCUUUAUAGUGGAUUAACACGCCAUGGAAUUUCGCAUAUUUGUCAUGAUACUCUUGUGUGCAUCGUCGUAUUCGGCCGAAGAGAAGUCCAAAAAUACUAAACCGGUUGCUAACGACAACGAGUCCACGCGAACGGAAGAACCUCCGGAGGGAUAUUACGCGUUCGUCGAGUCACCGAACGCGGAACCACCCAGAGUUCGACCACCGCCCUACAUUGACAGCGACAAAGAAUGUUACGGUAGCGACAAGCAUGGAAAAGGAUUUGUUUCGAUACAUAAUAUCUGCGGAGAUUUGAACAAAGGCUAUAUUCCACGGAAUCCGAUGAACCAAUAUGUAAAUGGCUCGUCGUAUCCUUUCGCACUGAUAAAGAAUCAUACUCUCAAGUUCCUCAGUAAGGCAUUACCGAUUCUCAAGGCUGACGAUUCGCUGCCAAAGGUCGCCAAAGUGCAUUCAUUGUCGCAAAAUUCUGUUGACACAGACGACGAAGAAAAACAUGGUAGAAGCAAAAGAUCUAGUCCAUUGGAUUCGAUUUUACCCACAGACUCCACGCGAAAUGGUCGCAAGUUUUGCGAAAACGGUAGCGGAGUAGUGUGCAUGUUGUAUAAAGCGAUCCAAGGCGAGCCGAUCGCAUCGUCAGCAUCGGCCAUCGAACGCCGGGAUGAACCUUCGUCCGUGACGUCCGAUUAUCGUCGAGGAGAACGCGUGCCAUCGCAGGAGAAAACGGAGUAUACGGGCCCGCCGACGCCGUGUCCAGCCAAAGUCGAGUACGCGACUCCGGUCUUCGCCAAGAAUUACCAAGGUGUCUGGAGAUACGUGGUGCAGAUACCUUACGAAGGUUACUUUACGCAGACGAUCGAGCUCACCAGAUGCAUGCAAUCGAGAUGCCAUUUCUUGGAUGGUGGAUGCUUAUCGUCGCCGAGAUGGACGAGUCUAUUGGUCGCCGAAAUAUUUUACCCAGACACGUUCCUAGAGGAGAAUCAAGCGACUGCUCCCGGUUCUAGUAUCGGAUCUGGUACUCGAGAUCCUGUUGCCGGGUCGCCACCACCGGUUCACGAUUUUCAAAAUUAUCAGCAAUAUUUGCAGAAACGCGCGAGCACGGGAGAGGCGCGUAACAGUGGUGGUAACAGUGCUCAGCAACAUCACUGUGACGGUGUCGACGAAAUGGGUUGCUUCCAAGUACGGCUAUAUUACGACUGGUUCUUGGUACCGGGAAGCUGUAAAUGCUGGCGGCCGGAUUACUUCAAUCGAUACGUUCGUCGCAGCGGUUCCAACGUCGAAUUAUGAUGACGUUCGCACAAGGAUAUGUAUUUUGCAUCCCGAUAAAAUAUCACGUUGCUUUACAAGCGAUCACUUUAAUCGUCGCUAGAUGAGCGUACCAAGUUGGAGCGCGUUACUCAAGUCAUUUCAACGAUCGCGCAUAGUCAAACAUUGGCACGUCUGCUUAUGCGACAUCUUUUUCGCUCAUGCGUUAUAGGCGCCGUUGACACGUAUUCGAUAUUAGUUUCUUUAUCACACGUAAGUGUGAUAUAGCAUUACACAAUAGUUAAGCUAUAAAAUCGAAUACAUUUGAUUACAUCUUUGAUCCUUGAUGUAACCAUUUGUCGUCAUAACAUAAUGGUCAUGUAUCGGCUCAGGUUUAACCAUACGAAAAAAUAUGAAUUUUAUACAUUAUACAUUUCGUAGACUAAAUAAAAGAAGCACGUAAAGAGGCAACAUGACGAAUAAAUAGAAAAAAAUAUUGUGAUACAAAAAAGUAUUAUUUCCAGAUAUAAUAUGCUAAAAGAAAUAAUGGUUUCAGACAUAGAAAUGUAAACCUUUAUCUCUUUUUAUACUGCCUAUUAAAUUGAUACACAAAAUUAUCAUCUGUACGAUCAUUUUCAGUUAUAAGAGUAACGUUGAAUAAUAUUUUAUUACGUGUUUCAUCAAUAUUUUAUUGCAGUGCUACAGUGAUACGUAGUGUAGUAUUCAACAUUAAAAUAAUAAUUAUUAUGAAAUUAUCAUCAAAUCAAUGUGUGUGUGUGUG